AAGAGGAAAAAGUUGCUCGUGGUGGAGAAACACAUCAUGAUGAGGAGAAGAGAGAUCUGAACUCCUCUGACUGAUGAAGACUCUGUUAGGUGACCGACCAAGAUGCAAAACCUGACAGAGCUUCCUUUCAACUCAACCUCACCAAAAACCUCCGUGAUCGUCAAAGUUUGUGUGGUCAUUCCCUUCUUCUGCUUCUUCCUCAGUUUCAUCGCUCUCAUGCUGCACACCUUCGCCUCUCACAGACACUUUUUGGACACGUCACGUUACGUCCUGUUUGCACACAUGCUGAUCAACGACACUGUGCAGCUCAUGAUCUCUGUGCCACUCUUCCUCUGUGCCAUUGGCCGAGCCAGAUUUCCGCGUGUUCUCUGUGUCAUUAUCCUCACUCUCUCUACUAGCACUUUUCAGAACACUAAUUUGAUCCUGGCUGCCAUGUCCCUGGAGCGUUACGUUGCCAUUUUCUACCCCCUGCAGCCUCCGGCCUUCUGGCGCUCAGACAGGAUCUGGGCCAUCAAUCUGUGUCUGUGGCUCUUCAGCUUCACUUUCUCUGUCACAGAGUUUUGCAUCAGGAAACAAGACCCAGCUCUGAACAUCCUGCCUACCCCUGUUCUUUGUAUAAAUACAGUUAUCAACUCGUCCCCGGUUCAGGCCGUGUUCAGAGCUGCAAUGAGUGUGUUCUUCUUCUCUGUAGUGGCCGUCAUCAUCCUCUUCACCUACUUGAGGAUUCUGCUGGAAACCAGGAAGCUGCGUCAGGACAGAGCGUCGGUGAGCAAAGCCCUGCACACGGUGCUGCUGCACGGCUUCCAGCUGCUGCUGUGCAUGCUGGCCUUCACACACCCCUUCACCGAGACCCUCUUUGUGCUGCACACCACGUGGCUGACAGAGGACGUGGCGUUCUUCAACUACUUCUGCUUCAUCCUGGUGCCACGCUUCCUCAGCCCGCUCAUCUACGGCUUCAGGGACCAGAGCCUCAGGAAGCACAUCGGGAAAACAUUCAUCUGUGGCCCCAAACGACGAGUCAAACCCAGAUUAAGAUGCUGACUCAUCGUUUACUCCAACAAAAACAGACAUGUUUCAAAAUAAUUUAAAUUUUUUCACAGAUAUGCAGCAAAUUGUCAUCUUAAUAUAGUUAAAAUUGUAACAGAGCCACAGGUUUUA